AUGAAACAUAUAUUUACAUUUGUGUGCGCUGUUUUGCUCGCUGCAGCUCAAGUUACGGUAGCUGUCGAACAUUGUGAUUCCUUGGGAACACUUUGCUACGAUGAUCUUGGUUGCACUCCAGUCUUGGGAAGCGACGGUUGUCCGAGUUCUUACGAUUGUUCUCAAUUCAGCACAGCUCCUGAUUCUUGCAGUUUCCAUGGAAAUGUUUUCAACAGUGGAGAACGUAUCUUAGGUACUUCUGGCUGCAAUACACACUGUAUCUGUGGUGGAAACGGAACCACUAUAUGUCCCAUAGUGGACUGUUACCAUGGACCAAAGAUAAACAAGGAAUGCUACAACACCUACAAGUUACAUGGAUGCUGUUCUACUGGAGAGAAAUGCCCUCCUUUCGGUGGCUUGUCUACGUGCACGGUCGAUGGAGAAACCUAUCGUGAGGGUGAAUAUUUCCGUCCUGAAGGCACCUGCAAGGCAUGCGUUUGCGGAACAGGCUUCACUGGCGCCUUCGUGGAGCCUUUCUGCGAGACCAUCAAGUGUGAUGUUGAAUUGAAGGCAAAUAAAAUCGCCGAGAAUUGCGCACCAGCUUACCGCAAAAACACUGAUGCCCUUUGCUGCCCAUCCUACUAUGUUUGUCAAUCAGAAUCAACUGUAGUAAGUGAAGUUCCUUCUGGAGUCACCACCGGUAAGUUUUCUUUCAAAAGAUAAAAUGUGUGGUUUAAUUAUUUUAUUUUUAUUUUGAUUACAGGACCGAAAUGCAAGUUUGGAAACACCGAGUAUGGUUUCCACGACCAAGUGACGAUUAGCUAUUAUUACGGAAAACCGCGUACAGCUAAAUGCGCUUGCAUGAUGCCACCACUUUUGAGGUGCACACUUGAUUACUAAAAGAGUGGAAGAAGAAUACUGAAUAUCAGAGUUUCAGUCAAUAAUAAUGUUUAAAUAAAAUUAAUAAACAUUAUAAAUCGAA